AUGUCUUUCCAGGACAUGUUGCAGCACAUUGAUGCCCGCCGGUUCACUACCGGUGUGGUUUUGCUGAUCCUGCUUGCCUUCUACUCGCCCCUUUCAAAGCUUGUCUUGUCUCCAACAUAUGGAUCAUUCCCCGCGCAUAUCUUCCAUAGUUUUGGAGUGGCCAUCUCCGGCGGAGUCGGAUGGCUACUGAAAGAUAAGAUCCUCAAGCGCCUGGGUCGUCUCGGUGGUUUCAUGCUCCCUGUGUUGGCAUUCUGGGUUCCGACUCUCCAGUACUUCAUCAAGCAGCAAAGCUCUAAGAUUGGCAACCCCACAGGCCCAGUGAUCACGGAGCUUUGUGGUUACUAUCCUUUGGUGCUGUUGACUGUCGCCUAUGCCGGAAAGCAAAUACAGACUGCUUUGAGACUCGAGGCGCAGGGCGACGUGAUCGCUGAGCAUGUGCCCUUGAUAGGUACAUAUAUUUUCUAUUCGGCUGGCGAUCACAUUGCCCAAUAUAUUCUUUCAUGGAUUGUUGGUACUUCGGUCUUUUUCACCAGAGUCGGCAUGCAAAUGCUCCUCGCUGCCGCUUACGCUGCGCUCAUCCCGUCAAAAUGGCUAGUCCUGGCCAUUCCCUCUAUAAUUUUCUCGGUGACCUCAAACGUCCAUUUCGCUGGAAUUAGUGGUGUCAAUUCUGCAAUUGAGCACGAAGGGUACGCUCUCUUGGCACGACAGGAAGCCUACACAGGAUACAUCUCUGUUUUGGAAAACCUGAAUGACGGAUUCCGCGUUAUGCGUUGCGAUCACAGUCUGCUCGGUGGACAGUGGACCAGGCUGGCACCAGGCUACCGGCCUGAGGUGGAAGAUCCUAUCUAUGCAAUCUUCGCCAUGCUCGAGGCUGUCCGUCUAGUUGAGCCGGAUCAUGGUAUUCCCCGCGUUGACGCCGACAGCAAGGCGCUGGUCAUUGGUCUUGGAAUCGGCACCACACCCUCUGCGCUCAUCAAACAUGGUAUUGAAACUACCAUUGUCGAAAUUGACCCUGUUGUGCACAAGUUCGCCACUCAGUAUUUCAACCUUCCGCCCAACCACAUUCCCGUCAUUGAAGACGCCGUAAAAUUCGUCAAGAAGGCAGAGUCUUCCCCCAAUACACCCCAGUAUGACUACAUUGUCCACGAUGUAUUCACCGGAGGCGCUGAGCCCGCCGAACUCUUCACAUACGAGUUCCUGUCAGGCCUCUACUCGCUCCUCAAGGAAGACGGUGCCAUUGCCAUUAACUACGCCGGUGACUUGACCCUUUAUCCAACCGGUCUCGUCGUACGCACCAUCAAGGCCGUCUUCCCAUCUUGCCGCAUCUUCCGCGAAGAACCCGCCGGAGAGGACGAAGAUACUGACUUCACCAACAUGGUUCUGUUCUGCAAGAAGAGCUCCGACGCACCGAUUCAAUUCCGUGACCCUGUCCCGGCGGACUUCCUGCGCAGCAAGUCUCGUGAAAGCUAUCUUGUUCCCAAGCACGAACUGGACCCUGCCAUCUUUGCCUCUUGGCCCAAGGCUGGCAGAUCGCUUCUGUGGGCGAAGGAGGUCGGAAGAUUGUACAAGUACCAGGAUCGCAGUGCGCUCAAGCACUGGUCUAUUAUGCGCAAGGUUCUGCCUGAUGCCGUGUGGGAGAACUGGUGA